AUGGGGCAGUUAAAGGAUGUGCGGAAGUGGACUUGUGAACAUGUAGGAUUGUGGCUACAACGAAAAGGUUUCACGGAUUAUGCAGACUUGUUUCGUUAUGAACAUAAGAUAGACGGUAAAGCUCUACUCGCUAUCAACCAAGAUGACCUUAGAAAUCCUCCUCUGCAAUUGAAAAUUCUGGGAGAUAUCAAACGGCUUUGGCUUGAAAUAGAUGCUCUUCAACAGCCAUACAACCGUCCCAUUUCCAGAUUGCCUAAUGGGUUUGUUAAACGCAAGAAUGUGGAUGAGAUUGAUAGCUUUCAAAGGAGUGCAAGAUAUUCGGGAUCAUGGCAAAUAGGCGAGGAUUCUGAUUUAGAGGACAGUGUAGACUCGGUUCAUCCUUUGUCGGACCUGUCCGAAACAGGUCGGACUUUGAUCAGCCUCCUCUACGCAUUUACGGUUUUUUUCGUCACUUCCUUUGUGAUGGUUUUUGUUCAUGAUCGUGUUCCAGACAUGAAGAAAUACCCUCCAUUGCCUGAUAUAGUUUUGGACAAUGUGCCCCUGAUACCUUGGGCCUUUAAGAUGUGUGAAGUCACAGCCCUUAUUUUGGGAGUCGUUUUAGGUAUUACAUUGUUCCUCCAUAAACACAGGAUCAUUGUAGUUCGUCGUAUGGCUGCUUUGUGUGGUACAGUCUUCCUUCUUCGUUGUGUGACGAUGUUCGUUACUUCUCUCAGUGUUCCUGGAAUCCAUCUAGAAUGCUCUGGAAAGGUGAGCAGCUGUUAUCCAGUUAAUGAUAAAUAAUUAUAAUUUACGUAAAAAAUUUUUAAACAUGUUAUCAGAGGCUUUUAUGUUAUACUGUAAUCUUGCAUUAUUACAUGUACAAAUAUAAUAUACAACAAAUUAGGAGGUUUUACGUGAUUGAUCCGUGUAUUGUGUUUUAUGACAGAUUUUUAUUUGUUGAAGAAAUUAAAAGGUAUAAAUUAAAAGCCAAAGUUUAACCUUGGAAGAAAAAUGGGGGGGGGGGGUGUUUUGCAGUUAAAGAAGAAAAGAAAGGUUAUAUCUUAAGUGCUGAAUACAAGGCAAUUUUUGAAAAUCAUUCUUUCGAGUUGGUCAGCAGCUCACAAGUGAAAUACAUGUACAUGUAAAAUGACCUUAUCAUUCAAGUCCCUCCGCAACUAGCCGGUCCUGACUGAAGAGCCCUUACCAUGAAAAGCCCUUCUUCGCAGCCCUUAUUUCUUAUAAUAUUACGAUGUCGAGGUGGCCUUUGUUUAUAAGCGUAGUGGUUUCUUGAGGUCUCCUUGCCUAACAACCUGCUGUAUCCUGUACAAUUUGCUGUAAAAAAAGGCUAAUAAAAAUGAUGAUGAUGAUAAGAGCCACUGAGCCACCAAUUUGGAAAGUAUAUACAUGUUCCUUUCAGACCUCAUACAAUCCCUUUCUCCAUAAUACGGACACCUCUCAAUUACACAGUUCUCUUGGUUCCAUAGACACUAGACUUUUUACAAUCUUCAUAAUAUGGACACACUGUGAUGCAGACACUUUGCUCUGUCUCUUUGUGGUCCACAUUAACGAGGUUUGACUGUAACAGUUACAGUGAAACGUGUAUCAAGCAGGCAAAUGGCUCACUUUGUUGUAACUGUCAUAUCAAGCGAACACCAGUGAGGUUUUCAUGAGUGUCCCCUUUAUACUCUAAGUCCCAAAAGUGACCGACAUCAAUUUCUCCUGACAGUUUCAGUUCUUUAUCAAGAGAAUAGGUUUUAAGAAUUAUUGAUAAAAUGACUGCCAAAAGGGAAAUAUUUUGAUCUUUUGUCAAAUUCUCUUAACUAAUUCUUUAAGGAAAUGUAUGGACAUCAAUCAGUCAGGGUUAAAUACGGGUUUCACUGUUUGUACAUGUAAUAUAGUGAGAAAACUCCUGAUAACCGUGUAUUGUUUUAUUUUAUGAAUUUAAUUUAGUUAAUAUUUGGUUGAAAUGUUAAAAUUUGCAUUUGGUGAUAUUUGUAUGUAUGUAUGCAUUGAAAUCAAUGUAUGUUUGGAACACAUUAAUCAUUAACAUAAAGGUUUAGAGGUUGCAGGUGGGAUCUUCCUGUUUUGUUCAGGCAAAGUAAUAUAUUGGAGAUUAUUUGAAUGUUAUCUUUUUCAGUGCAUUAUAAAUGUAAAUGUAGAUACAAGGAAAGUAAAUAUGUGAUUCUAAGAAAAUUGUUUAAACUUAAUACAUGCUCUCCUUUAUUUACAUGUCUUAAGUGACUUUUUGUAUUUAAUAUCAGUAGUUCUUUCCUUCACCUUAACAUAAUGAGUUCUCUAUUUUUUGAGGAAUUCUUCCUCUUUGAUUUAAUUUUGCAGCAAUGUCACGUACAUGUUAUGAUUUGCAAUUUCCUUUGUCUCUUAGCCCUAGUGAAUAAUUAGGGCUAGGAUACAAAGGAAAUUGAGAAUCAACCUAGGUUGAAAGUUUUUAACCUAAAUUUAAUUUUGACGAAUAACAUACAGAGUCAAACCUGUAUAUAACGGUCCUGUAUAUGGUGUUUAGUCACCCUGUAUAAUACUGUCACCGAACAACUUCCCAAAAUUUUCAGUUGCCUUAUAUUUUUGCAAAGUUGACCUGUAUAUAGCAGUCCCCCUGUAUGUAACAGUCACCUUGCCAUUUCCCAAGGGUGGCCGUUGUACACACAUUUGAUUGUAUGAUGUAUAAAAUGUUUCAUAGUUAAUAGAUCAUCAUUUUUGGGUAAACAUUCUGGUAAUACAGUUGAACCUCGAUUAUCUGGAGUCAUUGGGACUUGAUUAAAUUGUCAGGAUAAGCAAGAGUCCUUAUAAUGGAAAAAUUUUAAUGUGAAUAUUAAUGAGACAAUAACGUUAACAUAGGGAAUAAAAGAAAACAAAAUAUAAUUAAUAUUAUGAAUUUGCUCCUACUUGCUUUUAUGUACAGUCUGUAUGUAAGUUACCGUUUCAAGUGUUCAUGUUCGAAACAGAUCAAAACAGUGAUUGAAACACAUUAAUUUUGGAAGGAUAAAUGAACUUUAAUGUGAAUCGUUUCAAUUUUUGAAGAUCACAUCUUAUUAAUGUUCAUGAAAAAAAACGGGACCAGGGAAACAAGUCCAGAUAAUCGAGGUCAGGAUAAUCAAGGUUCGACUGUACAAUGAAAGCUCUCUUACAAAAUGUAACAGACACUCUCGUAGGACAGCUUUACUUUUAAUACUGCCGCCUUCACAAAACCCCAUUUCAACUCCCAUACGAACUCUGUAUUUGUGAAUCCCCAUAAGCGGCUGCAGAUAUUCUUAUAAGGGUUUACAAGUUCUAUCUUUUCUUUAAUGUCUUUAAACACCCGAAAUGAAAUCUCAUUCCACUAUUGGACGAAAACCUGUGAAAAUGCUGUGAAAAAUAUGUGAAAUACCCUGUGACAAGAAAACAUCCUGUGAAAAGACCUGUGAAUUCUGCACAGCCUAAACUCAAAAUUUAGGACGCUCUGAAAAAACCUGUGACUAAAAUAAGCCUGUGAAAAACCCUGUGAAAAAAGCUCCAUCAAAGUUUGAGAAAAUUGCUUAAGAAACACCUCCGAAAAAUGAUAUGAAAAUACCUGUGAACAAAAACUGGUUGAAAUCAAUCCUUUGAAUGUUGUAUUUUAAUAAAUCACCUUGAAAUCACUGUUCAUCACAAUUACGUGUAAUUUAUAUCAGGUUCUAUGUUAGUUCGGUUUGUUUGUUUUUCAAAUACACAUCCAGUUACACGUGCACUUGAAAAGACCACUUGAAUUUAUACCUGUGACUAUAAACUGGUCUAUAAAUUACGAUGUUGUGAGAACAACAGGAUAGCCAAACACUAACAAACAGUUUUUUACAUUCCUAAUGUUUAUUUAUAGCUUGGUAAACUCCCAUAAGCAACCAUUUAGCCCUUACCUUUAGUGGCCUGAUACUUAUAAGAGAACUAUUCUCUUAAGCGACAACAAUCUCGAGUUAUGAACACCUUUUUUGCGUCCCAGGGAUGUCCGCUUACUGCGCUUUUCAGCAACAUGUAAAGUCAGCUUGAUCAAGAGUCAAAAAAUGUAACAUUUACAUGUUUCGCUUCUGUUAAUCACCGUAACAGACCUCUCAGGCAGUGUUGGUUUUCUUCAGGGGGUUUUAAAGACCCUAACAUCUGUAGGUGGCGAGUUGUACACUUUGACCUUAGCUACAAUGAGGGACAAAAGUGUUGACACACUUCCGUAAAAUGGCCCCUUUUUGCAUAGUGGAUAUACUUAUCCCCUUCCCCUGUCUACCCCAACCCCUUCCCCCAAAAAUCAAUGUUGAAUUUUGGACCCUCAAGUCUUUUUUUUACUUCAGACAACAUUGAUUCGGGGGGUCGGGGGAUUUACGGCCUUUAAAAGGAAUGAAAUAAUAAAUGAAUUAAAUGUUGGUUAAAAGCACCCCUUUUAAACAAGUGUGUCAACUACUUUUGUCCCUGAUUGUCUGAAAUAUGUAUCUGUGUUUUCCGGCUAGAUUUUUGACGCUGCUGAAUUUUUGUGCUAUGACGUUACUCUAUGGGCCAAAUUGGUUGUUUUUAAACAUCAGUUUAUAAAGUUUCAUCCUGAUUUGUAGUAUACGUAGAGUAAAAUGUACGAAACGUAUGUCAUUACUUAAUCUUGUACUCCUGCGCGCGUUCCUGAUACCCUGUCGGGUCGAGACGAAAUGAUUUGUGUUGUGAUCAAUGCCGUUGCUGCGGAUGUAAUGUUUUCACAAGUGUUAUCAAUAGUGGAAAAAGGAUGGAAACAUUAAGGUACAAUGAAAAUUGUUCUGGUAAAUGGUUAACUUAAGCGCUUGAAGUACUGCAGAGUAACAGAGAGGACAUGCAUUAUUUUUGACAUUGACCUUUUCCAUUAGUGAAAGGACGCGAACAAUAUACAGGUUAUGAACCUCAUAAAUGAUGGGCAGCCGUUUGUGCUAUGCCCUAUAUAUAGAUGUGUUUUUUUAUUUUUUUGAGACCUUUUCUAACCUAACUGAUCCAAACCUUUAGCGUAGGUAGGCGUCGAACAGGUUAGACCAGGUUAGGAAUGUACCUUUGUAAUGAUUUUACAUGACCGCCUGCUGAUUGUUUAUUGAUGUUGGACGGACAACUAUUUCAUUUCCCAGCUCGCAAAUCACAGAAUGCCAAAGAAAUUGUUUUCAAGAUAGACACACCAGUUUGUAUCAUCGCCAAAACAGCAAUUACUUUGGCCCAGAAGUUCACUUGAUGACAAGCAAAGCGGGAUGAUACGUGAUCGAUGACGGCCGUGCGCUGGAAAAUUUUCCUUUUUUAUGUGCUAAUUCCUCACAAAAGGCAAAAGAAGUUUCCGCUAUGUAGAAAGUGCUUCGCAAUACGUAUUCUUGGCGAGAAAAAUUCCAGCGAUGUGGUGCAAAUAAGGAGUUUCAACGGUUAACCACGAGAAUACAUAUCGACAUUAAGAGGUAAUAACAGACUAAGUUACUUUCCGUUUGCCGAAACGUGGUUAACCGUUGUAACACGAAGGAAGCAGUGUUUUCCUUAGUUUAAGCUGUCGUUUUCUUUGAGAUUCAAAUACCAGUUCACGUUUCAAAGCUCUCUUUUCAUUUUCUCUGCCGACAAUAGACAAAAACACAGGGUUUCGCUUGAGAAAUGCAGUCGAAAUACACAGACAAAUGCGCUUAUGUCACGCUAUUGGCAUUGCGUUAUCAUGUCACACAGGGUGUCACGAGGUGGGAUUGAAAGUAAUUGUUUUCGUGUACACUUGCAAUGUUUGCUACGCUGUCCUUAGUUUUUUAUUGAAUUGGCCAUGAAUUUACCUUCACUUUUCCGUAGUUUCGAUAUUCAACGCAGUGACGGCCGCUCCUCACUAACGCUUCAUAUUUCCGUGGCCGGCCAGUGACUAUCUUCACUACGUGUCAAUCCUUACCCUAUCCGUGAUUGUUUGGGCCUUAACAAUCGGAUAAAGUGAAGAACGAGAAAUAUUCACUUUAUCAAAAAUAUUUUCAGUACGCAACCCCUUGAAAUUCAUCAAAAGUUGUACAUAGGCGCGAGUUUCAGCGUCAGUUUUUAGCUUGUAAACCAUAUCGACGUUAAUUCUGGAUAUCGCAGCCCUUUUAUUACGUCAUCGCGUAAUUCGAAUUGGCCCUAUAAUUCGGUCGUGAAUAAGUCUAUGUCACCCCCACCACCAAUAACAUAAUUAUGUCAUUGAUUCCUUUAAUCUCAGUUAAAAUCAGUGUCAUACACGGCUCAACUCGUGUGUAGUAGCACAAUUUUGCAUUCAGACAAUGAGGGACAAAAGUGUUGACACACUUCCGUAAAAUGGCCCCUUUUUGCAUAGUGGAUAUACUUAUCCCCUUCCCCUGUCUACCCCAACCCCUUCCCCCAAAAAUCAAUGUUGAAUUUUGGACCCUCAAGUCUUUUUUUUACUUCAGACAACAUUGAUUCGGGGGGUCGGGGGAUUUACGGCCUUUAAAAGGAAUGAAAUAAUAAAUGAAUUAAAUGUUGGUUAAAAGCACCCCUUUUAAACAAGUGUGUCAACUACUUUUGUCCCUGAUUGUACUUUGUUUGUUUUGUUUCAUGGCAAUUAUGAUUGUUGGAAUUAAAAUACGUAAUCAUUGGAUAAACUUUUUACCUUUGAGUUUGCAUGUUAUGGUUUUGAUGUUGCUUUAAAAUUAAUCACAAUUAAUAUGACCACAAUUCGAUCUUUAUUUUUAAAAAUAGAAUUUCUGAGAGGUCAAACAUCAGUUGUAUUGGCAUGACAAGAUAACAAUCUUUUUAUUGCUUAUUUUUGUUCUUCUAGUUGUAUGGAGACACUUGGGCAAAGAUAGCAAGGGCAUUUGAGAUCUUGUUUGGGUUUGGACUGUCAGUGAAUGGUGUGCGGACUUGUGGGGACUACAUGUUUAGUGGCCACACAGUUUCCAUUACUCUCUUAAACUUCUUUAUCACAGAAUGUAAGUGAUGCUUUUUAUUGUAUUAAUCCAUGCAUGCAUGGUCAUUAAAGGUACAUUUUCGCCCAGAUAGCUUGAAACUAUAAUUAUUCUUAUUGCCUGGGGCUGUGCCAGCAAUACUAGUCUAGAUUGUCUUUGUAUUAAUAUAAGCAGGACAAAUGUCUCCGAAGCAUCUUCUUUUCACAUCCUAGAGAGAGUACUGGUCCUUAUUAAAAGCUCUUAGCAGUUCUUGAAUUGUAGACAAUAAAUUUAUUAUAUAAGCUAGAAACAUGCUGCCUUAUACAUGUACAUACAGCUGUAGUAUAAGGAAUGAAACUGAUAGCAUUCCAGGAUAUCUUGCUUGAUGUCCUGACUACAGCAUCCAGUAUGCACAAAAAUACAAGAUUUGCUAGUAAACUGAAUUUUUUUUAGACCAAGAUUAUCCUCCAAUUUAGGUUUAAAACGUGUUUUAAUUUUCCUGGCUCAAAAAUCUGGGAAACUGUGCCACUUCUCUUAAUUGUCUACCAAAUUUAGGAAAGAAUGGAAUAUACCAUUUUUUAAUCAGUCAGACUUGAUCUUUAUUAUCCUUAUUUUUUGUGUUUUCCCAUCACCGAUCAAUGUAAUUUUGUUGAGACAAAUUGAAUUAUUUUGUUACAUAUGUAUCUGUUACAGGUUAAAGUUUUUUAACCUAGGUUGAAUUCUCUAUUUGCUUUUUCUCCUAUCCCUAUUAUUUGUGGAUUAGGGCUAGGGGUCAUUGGGAAUUGAGAAUCAACCUAGGAGUACAUGUACAUGUAGGUUAAUAAAAGAUUUGAACCUGAAUAUACUUUUGACCUGUAACAAAUAUGUUUCUGUACUUUCUCUUAUUUUGGAAUAUACGGCAGUAGUAAGUUGUUUUUACAUACAUUUUGGUUUUCAGACACGCCCUCCCGUAUGUACUACCUGCACACAUGUUGCUGGGUUCUAAACAUGUUUGGAAUAUUCUUUAUUUUGGCUGCUCAUGAACACUAUUCAAUUGAUGUGGUGAUCGCUUUCUACAUUUCCUCUCGUUUGUUUUUAUAUUAUCACACUCUGGCUAACACACGUGCAUUAAAGUGCAUCGACAGUAAAAGAACAAGGGUCUGGUUUCCUCUGUUUUGGUUCUUUGAGGAAAAGGUAUCUGGCAAAGUUCCAAAUGAGUAUGAAUGGCCUCUGAAAUGGCCGAGCUUUUUUUGUUCAAAAUCAAAGUGCCAAUGA